AUACUUUUUUUAUUUACCUCUCCGUAAUUUGCCGUGAAGCUAUAUUUUACAAUACUUGUAAGAGUACCAGAAGUGAGCACAGGUCCUCCCGGUGGCGCUGUGAUAUUGAGAGGUCAUACAUUUUCGAAAAGGAAAGGAAACCAGAAAGCAAGGAUGUCUGGCGAGCUGUCCCUCAACAUAAACAUCAAGGAAGCAAGAUGGGACCAAGGCACGUUUAUGGGGCGAGCCAAGCACUUCUUCAUGGUCACAGAUCCCAGGAACGUCCUGCUGUCCUCUGAGACUCUGGAGGAGGCACGAGUGAUCGUGGAGAACUACAGAGCCGGGAGUGUGAAGCCAGGCCUGACGGAGGAUGAGCUCUGGAGAGCCAAGUACAUCUACGACUCCGCUUUCCACCCCGACACAGGGGAGAAGAUGUUUGUGAUUGGCCGGAUGUCUGCUCAGGUGCCAAUGAACAUGUCCAUCACAGGCUGCAUGCUCACCUUCUACAGGACUACGCCGGCAGUGGUGUUCUGGCAGUGGGUUAACCAGUCCUUCAACGCUGUCGUCAACUACACCAACCGUAGUGGAGAUGCCCCCAUGACCGUGAAUCAGCUUGGUGCAGCCUAUGUCAGUGCUACUACUGGAGCUGUAGUCACUGCCCUGGGACUCAAGUCUCUAGCUACGCGUCUCCCUCCAAUCGUCAGCCGGUUUGUCCCCUUUGCUGCUGUUGCUGCUGCUAACUGUAUUAACAUUCCCUUCAUGAGACAGAGGGAGUUGAAGUACGGUAUCCCUGUGACGGAUGAGAAUGGAAACAGGUUAGGAGAGUCUCCCAAUGCUGCCAAACAGGCCAUCGUGCAGGUGGUGGUGUCAAGGAUAGGCAUGGCAGUGCCAGCAAUGGCUAUUCCUCCGGUUAUAAUGAACGUCCUGGAGAAGAGAGCUUUCAUGAAGCGGUUCCCAAUUCUAAACGCUCCGGUCCAGGUGGGGCUCGUAGGUUUGUGCCUGGUGUUUGCAACUCCUCUGUGCUGCGCCCUCUUCCCACAGAAAAGCUCUAUGAGUGUGAGCGGGCUGGAAGCAGAUCUGCAGGAGAGGAUACGACAGGCCAGUCCCCACACCACCACCGUCUACUUCAACAAGGGCCUGUAGGAAUAGCCUACACACCUCCAUGCGCGCACACACACACACACACACACACGACAUACAGACACUCACACAUAUAUAUCUAUUGUCCUGUGGGCACAAGUGGAAGGGUAAAAUAACAUUUAUUUAUGCAUUUUUGUUAUGUGUACUGCUGCAGUUGUUUUUUUGAAUUUGACAGCAUGGAGCUGCUCCGAGUUUAACAGUGGAGGGCGUUGAUUGUUUGACCAUUUGAAAAAGAGAAUUCACUGAAGGGAAAACAAUUCACUUUGAGAAGGAAGAUCACUUACAGUUCUCUCUGCACAUAGAUGGCACUACUUAGAAAAGAAAACUCCUAUUAUUGUGUUGUGGUGUGUCUUCCUUUGGUCGCAGUUCAUGAAGUUACUGAUUUGUGUUCACCAAUAAUUCAUGUUGUAUUCAGGUUCAUCGAAGUUUUAAACCCUCAGAUAAAUUAUUUGUAACUCCAGUUUAAAAUGGAGGCUUGUGCUUGUAAAUCGUAUAUGUAAUUGCUUCUGAAUGUAACAAUCUUUUUUGCCUUGUGUCCCAUACUCACUUAGAUUUCCUCUUUCCAAUUCUUGCUAGUCAUCGUUGCAUUAUUCUGUUUUGAAAAGUAUUAUUUUAAGCUAUUACACACUGACUAGUGUGACUAGUAUGUUAAGAUUCUUGCCACUAAUUAAUUUCCACCUUGUAGAUCCACCAGGUAGUUAUACUGGAAAAACCAGUGUGUUAAUUAGCUCUAAAUAAUAGUCCAACCCUUGAUGAAUAACUUCCUUGUGUGUUGUACUCCUCGUUAUCUGGUGCAGCUUCUUACUCUCUUCAACUCUCCUUUAAGUGUACUUAUGCUCCUUCAUAUUCCAGGCAAUAUAGACCAGGCAAUGAGGUGCUAGAUACACGUGGCAAAGAAAAUAUGUAGAAAUUAUACUGCAAAAGCUCAUGAAGCACAGCCAUAGAGUACAUCAGUAAACACUGAGUGUGGUUUCUAUCAGCAUAAAUAUGUAUUGUUGCCAUGGCAGCGGCAGCCUGUUUUUCAAGGCCUUUUAUUCAACUGAGAUCACUUUAUGAACUAGUGCAGUCGCUAUUUUUAGUGGCAUAUGAAUGAAUUAUUUGAUUGUUGUAGCUGGUGGUGUUUGUUUCAGUGGUUGUCAGGUGGAUGAAUAUACUGUCUACAUGUUGCUAAAUUUAAAUAUAGCGACAUGCAGAGGAUGGACAACAAUGUAUUGCUGUUGCUUUGUAACUCAGAUUUUGCUGGUUUUAAUAUCCACACUUGAACUGGAGGAUUGCAUGAGAAGUUUAUAUGUAGAAGCUGUCUAAUUUCAGUUCCUUAAAAUUGGAGAUACAGGGUUUUCAUGUGCAACAGCUAGCUAGCCAUCUGCAAAACUGUUGUUUGCACUUGAGCCAUAGAUGUCCCAUUGUACCAAAUGAAAGUAGCUAAUGUGGCGUGACAAAAUCAUAAUACUAAAUGCUUAUUUGUAGGUCAGGGCAAUGGGUAACUGUGUGCACAGUCUUUGUUGUUGCAUUGUUAAAGUGGACAGUUUGGCUGAGUUUGAGCUUCUCUGAUCAAAUUCAUUCACAUUGUCAACCAAACUCUCCAAACACGACUGUCCAGUGUGGUUAGUUAGUUAGUGAUGAUGGUGUACGUGAGGAAAUAUCAGCUGUAUCCCAGUGUCGUCUGUCUGGAUUAUGCAAGAAUAAGUCUAAUUUUCUUGGAGAUAUAUAUGCAUGAGGAAUUUUAAAGAGUGAGUAUGCAAGAGAAAUUUUAACUGAAAGGUGUGCCUCUGUUGGUGAAUCCACCGGCCCCACAUAUGCAUUGGACAACAAUGUCAGUCACUUGGGUUUGUUUCUGAAAUUUGAAGUUCAAUCAUUCAUUUAAAGUAAACUGAUGGUGGGUGUUAAGCGACUGUAGCAACUGCACAACUAUUGUAAUUUUAUGAAUCAACUUCUGUGCAGACAGAAAUACACAAUGAUUGUGUUUAUAUGUGAUCCUAAAAUUGAAGGGUUUCUUUCCAAAGUGCUCUCCAGAUCAUUUUUGAAAAAUGUUGCCACCUGAAUUUGCCACAUUUUAUAUACAUACACGACCCUCUCCUGAAAGAGAGCGUCUUGAUAUGACUUCUCACUUCUAUAUGAGAAUGUGGAUGUCUUUGUAUUAUUUUUAAAUGAUGGAAAUCUCAUUUUGGAAAGAAGCUCUCCUUUUGCUCUUUUACUCUCUGUCGUCAUUCAUAUUUUCAUAUAAACAUUUAACCCCAUGAGCAAAACUAUUUCUCAGUCAAGACAUUUUUUUCCCGUUAUCAGUGCUGAUGGUAGUUAUUGUGCAUUGUGUUUGGGGUGUUUUCCUUCUGAGGGUGAAACUGCACUAUAUGACCUUUGCUGUGCUGCUAUAGGAGCUAGUUGGAUUUGUGUUGCUAUUUAAAAAGAGCUUUUUAAAGUAUAUAUUGCAGAGUGUAUUUGUUUAUAAUGCUGGAUAAUGUUGAAUGAACUAAUGUCAUGUUACUGCUAAUUUGUAAUUCAUUCAUUAUCUGGCAGCUUUCAUUGCCCAUAACCAAGUAGAUUAGUUGCUUUUUUCCUUUGUGUUUUUCUGCUUUUUGAAUUAUGGCGCAAAAGUGUCAAGAACAAAACUGGAGGGUUUUAGUCGGUAUUUAAACACAUUUGUAAACAUGUAUCUCAGCUUGUGACUGUACUGUACCACCAUAACAUGUCGCACCCAUAGAUCUAGCCAAAGAUGAGACGGGUAUGAAUUGUACAGGAUUGAGGAGAAGAAGUGUGUUUCAGCUUUAUCGUAUGGACCUUUUGCCAGGUUUUUCUCAUGAAAAACCAGGUUUUAGUUUUUUACAGUUUUACACUUUUUACAAGUGGUCCUCAACCUUCAGUGUCAGUGCAACACUCAACAGCACACCAAAUUUUUCAAGAACAUCAUUAUGCUAUUAACACACAGUUAACAUACUGAAUACAUAAAUAAAUCCCAACAUACAUUUUAGUUAAGCUAAAGGUCAUAUUAUUGUUAGCAAUUUUAUUGACAUUACAGUAAAAUCUCAUAAUAAAGUUGACUUUUCUCCACAUAGCACUAGUGAAUUUUGGCACACUGGUUGAGAACCCACUAAUUUCUAACUUUGGUUGUGCAUGCCAUGAAAAAAAAAGUCAAAUCUUUGCAUACUGAAGGCACAAAUGUAAAGACAAUCUCUGUUAUUGUUACACUCCAUGAAUGUUUUGAUUAUGUCAUAUACGUACAUACAACUUAAAUACAAGCUAUACCUAUACCUGUCAGUAUAGGUGCACAGUGUUUUCUCCCUCUAUUUUGUAUUGUGUUGAAAUAUAUUUCCUUGAUGUGAAUUGUGUUUUACUCAGAGCAAUAGAAUAAAAUAUGGAACAUUAAUGUCCAAACCUUUCUGCUUAAUUUGAUAUUAUGAAAUGUUGUGUAUUAUAAAUAUUUUUUAAAUAUAAUAUCGUCAUCUGGCUCUUGAGGAAAGGCCAGAAAAUUAACUUGAAAAUGAAGGUGAAUAUUACCCAGUACAGAUCUGAUUAGGCUUGUUUGUUUAACAACCAGGAAGGUAUGAAGGAAUCAGAUAAAACAAAGAUUAAACUAAGGAUGUUAUCUGAAUUGUUAAAUAGUAUGUUUUGGCCACACACACAAAGUGAACAACCUAGCUUGGACAUACAAACAUUAACGUGCGUUAUACAUGUAAGUGUACCAGUAGUGGAUGUCUUGUGUUUAGAUGUAUGAGGAUAAAAUAAUUCACAGGAUUAGUGAUUUAAACGUGGUAACCGGUGAAUUUUUACUGACAUGUUUGGACCCAUCUCUGGCUUUCAGCAGAAAAUGAGAACUUUGCCUUCAGUUUUCAGUCAUAGUAUGUGGAUAUUCUGUUUCUGUAGCUAUAAAUUUAAUAUAAGGUGAUUUGCUCAUUUUAGUUGUUUUCCUGUAUAUUUAGUGCUACUGGAAAGUACACAGGAUUUGAUGAAAAAGCCAUUGGACUAAAGGGAAAAGAGAGUGGGUAUAUAAUUUAAACUGUAAGUGUGAUAGAAAUGUGUAGAUAUGAGGGAAUGUUAAAUUUUUGGAGGGGCAUAGUGGUUCAUCUUGGAGGCCUCACACAGUCCUCUGGGUGCUUGUAGAUACUGAUAAGAUGGGACCUUGUUAGACUCCUCUGCUAGUCAAGGAUGAGGAAUGGCACCAACCGAGGGUAACCCACAUUGUCUGCCUCCUCCCCAGUGGCGUAAUUAUACGUGAUUCUAUGUGACGUGGGGCAUACUGUAUAAAGCUGAGUGACUAUAAUGUUACUUUAAGUGUUUGGGUAUUUGACUGUGUCCAUGUAUACAAGAUGUACCAAGUUAUUCUCUGAUGACAGAUUUGUGUUGUAAUAAACUUAUAUAUUCAAGUAAGGACAA